AUGGCGCAGCCCCCGGCCUUGCCUCCGCCCAGCCCACCUCCGGUUCUCACACAGGAGCAGCCGCCACUCCCAACUGCACCGCCAGAGGCCCGCCGGGAGAAGCCUGAGACGCAAGCGACGUGCUUCCGGAUGGUCCUGAACGGAGAGAUCGAAGCAGCAGAAAUGGGGAGUGGCGGCAAUGGCCCCUUCAUGUGCGUCUUCUCGGUGCAGCACGGACCUGAUUGGACACUGCUCACCGGGGUGCCUGAUGGGAUUACGCAGCUCGCCUGCAGCUCUAUUGCUGCCACAUCAGUUCCCUCCUGGCGUGGAGGUCUCUCGGAGGUGGUUUGGAGCUUCCCCAUUGGCUUGGUCUACAAAUCCACCUCGCCUUUUGGAUGGCCUCGGCUCGUGGUGACCGUGUAUGGAACAGAUCUUUGCAAUCGACGCGUUGUCAAAGGGUAUGGAUCUGUUCACGUGCCUUGCCAACCCGGUAGGCACACGCGAACGAUACGCCUCUACUGCCCGCUGUCGUCCAGUCCUCUCACCAGACUGUUGGGUGCGCUCUUUGGCAACCCCGCCCAGCUGGUGGAUCCCCGCAUCCUUGCCGGAACAGAUGGACGCGAGGUAAUACGGGUGCAGUCAGGUGGCAAGGUCCGGGUGAAUUUCGACGUGCUGCUCAAAGACACAGAGCCCUUCAAUUAUGCAUUCUGA